CAACUACCCUCCCAAAAAAAAAAAAAAACACUUUCAACAUGUCUAACAACUUGAGCGACCGCGUUUCAAACACCGCCAACUCCUAUGUCGGAGGAGCCAAGCAGACCAUCGGCGAGACCCUCGGCAACAACAACCUCGCUGCCUCUGGAGCUCAGCAGAAGUCUGAAGCUGAGGCCCGUCAGGCUGCCGCUGAUGCCAAGACCCACGCUGAGGGCAUCGGCCACACUGCCCAGGGCAAGGUUCAACAGACUGUCGGAUCCCUCACCGGAAACACCUCCCAACAGGCCCGUGGACAUGCCAACGAGACCCAGGGCACCCUCGAGCGCAAUGUCUAAAUUAUAUACAUAAAAAAAAA